ACCUUUGCUGGGCCUAGGGACACGGGUGCACAGCCGGCUGGUCCGCGUUUCUCCUUCCAGCGACCGCUACUGGUCGUCCUGGACCGCGGUCUGGAUCUCUCUACUCCGCUGCAUCACGCCUGGACUUAUCAGAGCCUUGUGCAUGAUCUGGUGGGCAUCCACUUAAAUCAUGUGGACAUUGCCCAACAAAAACCUUCGGACGUGGAUAACUCGACAGCCAAGACAAAGCGCUAUGAUUUCUCAACUAGCUCUGACCGAUUGUGGCGUGAGCAUAGGACAUCUCCCUUUUCUGAGGUGGCUGGCGCACUGCAGGAGGAACUAGCCGUGCUCCAGGAUCGCGAGAAAAAGUUGGGCGCUCUCAAAGAAUCUGUGAGUGGAAAUGCAGCCGAAGAGGUUCUCCCUCUUACCGACACAACCUCUGCGCUCUCCAGCACAAUAAACACGCUGCCGCAGUUGAUGGAGCAGAAGCGUUGCCUCGACAUGCAUAUGCAUAUUGCGACCAGUUUAGCUAGGGAAAUCAAGGCCCGACAACUCGACUUCCUAAAUGACGUUGAGGAGAAGCUUCUGUCCCAACAGACCUUGCAAGAACACUCUCUUCCUGAUCUACUCAAAAUGGAGGCUUUCACGCCAGAGGACAAACUGCGUCUCCUCCUGCUGGCUGCUCUUUCCACCAGUAAUGCUCCCUCCUCAACUGCCGGCGGUGGCACUGGUGGUAGUACCGGCGCUGGGGGUGGUGGCUCCUCAACCUCCACUUCAGCCUUUACCUCUUUCUGUUUGUCCUCGACUGAUUUGGAUCAAUUGCGUGACCAAUUGUGCUCCAUGCAUCCCGAACUCGACGUCUCAGCUGUUAAAUAUGUGCACUAUCUCAGACGAAUGGCUAAGCUGUCACACACCACUGCCGGCGGCUCCGACCCUACCAAGUACUCCUCUGGCCGAGGCAUGCUUAACAAGCUUGUUUCGCAUGGAUCGGCCAUGCUACUAGAGGGCAUGCGUUCACUGGUCGGACGAAAAUCGUACCUGCCCUUCACUGAGAUUGUCGCCCAGCUCGUUGAGAAUAAGACGGAGUUGGAGGAGUAUGGGUAUUUCGACCCGAAACUCUUUCGUCGUACGGAUUCCAACAUUCCACGCUCAAAGCAGCCCUUCUAUGAUGUCUACGUCUUCGUUGUGGGCGGAGGCACUUAUGCGGAAUACCACAACCUUCUGGACUGGUCGCGCUCGAGCUCCAAGCUUACGGGCAUGCCCAGCAACAGCAGCAGUUCGUCGCUGAAUGCCCUAGGUCUCAGCUUGUCCUCAUCUGCCGCUACGGUGACCGACCUAGUCUCCUCGUCCGCCUCCGCCUCCUCCCGUCGGAUAACCUAUGGUGGCACCGAAAUUCUCACUCCAAAGGGCUUUCUCGCACAGGUUUGUUUGUUUGUUUGUUUUGACCAUCCGCAGCCAUUUGCCUGUCUUCUUUAUCCUCCGAGAUUUUAUUCCUAA